GUUUUUCUCGAUUGCUAAGACACAAAACCCAGUACUCUAAACCAAAUGACCAGUUGCCUAAACACAUUUAGUAAAACUACCCCCCAUUUGCCACAACCAAAAACACAAUUCACCUGUAGACACUGUUCACAAAACCCAUCCCCUUUUUCUCAAAACUCUAAACACAUUUUGCCUUGCUAAAACACAUUUAGCAUAUAUCUCUGCUCAAAUAUGCAUUGUGAAGCUCAUGUGAUGCAAAAUGCCACACACAGUCAGCAAAACCUGAACACAAUGAACACACCUGGUGUAAUUCAGUAAACACAACGACUCAUAAUUGAAAACACCUAUUGCAAAUGAUGUGACCACACCUAUAUAAGUCAGUUUGCUGAAGGUUCCAAACAAAAAUGGAUGAUCAAGGAAGAAGAAGAGGAGUUCGUGCCAGAGGAGGGAGAGGAGUUCGUGCCAGAGGAGGGAGAGGAGUUCGUGCCAGAGGAGGGAGAGGAGUUUUUGUCAGAGGAGGGAGAGGAGCAGGCCAAGGAGGGAGAGGAGCAGGUCAAGGAGGUAGAGGAGCGGGCCAAGGAGGGAGAGGAGCAGGUCAAGGAGGUAGAGGAGCGGGCCAAGGAGGGAGAGGAGCAGGCCAAGGAGGGAGAGGAGAAGGAGGGCGAGCAAGACAACGCAUCUUCAUCACAGAUGAAAUGAGAGCAACGGUCAUUGACCACGUCAUUGUCCACGGCAUGACAAUGACCGAAGCUGGACAACGAGUCCAACCAAACCUAAGCCGAUUCUCAGUGGCCACCAUUAUUCGGGCCUUCAGAGAACACAACAGAGUUGAAAGAUUGCCAUAUGCAGGUGGGAGGGCUUCCAGAUUCACACCAGCCCAAGAGGUCGUCAUUGUGGAUAUGGUUCGGGAGAACAAUGUGCUGAGACUACGGGAGAUACGGGAGAGGAUCAUUGGUGACAAUAUGAACUUUCCGAACAUUGACGAUGUUAGCCUGACAACCAUAGACAGAGUCCUCAAGCGCCAGAGAGUACGCAUGAAGCAGGCCUAUAGGGUACCCUUUGAGCGCAACUCUGA